UCCCUUAUUCCGUCGACAUCGACUUUGAUUCUCACCACCGAAAUCAGUCUCUGCUCUUUCGAUAUGAGGAGGAAUGCGACUCAAAUAACAAACACCACGCUUAUCAGGUAACGUGGCACAUUUUAAAUCAUACGAUUAAUCUAACAAGCUACAAAGAACCAAAGUCAUGUGAAUGUGGCACUACAGUCUCACACAAUCCACAAUCCCGGUCCACGCGCAACAUAUUCUACCUGCCAUACUGUUUGCAGGGAAAUAAGAUACAGGCAACUAUCUUCCCACAUUUGGUUAGCCGGUUUGCUCAUCUUAUUAAAGAGAAUUAUGUCUAUGUUAUCUAUUACUUUCGUGUGGUUGAGCACUGUAAUGGCGACUCCUUUUCUCCCGAUAAGCACAGAAUACUGUUCUGUUUUGAAACCGUGAUUGUGAGUUCAUACAAUUCAUCUAUCGAUCAUUAUGGAUUGAAGUUCGUCAGUUCUAAUGAAAUUUUGACUCGGAGAGCUGGCUUCAACUGCUUAGUUGAUGCCAUAGGAGUUCUUGUCUUUUAUCAAAUUGAUUUAGAGGAUCCCUUGUCCGAUGGUAAAACUUCAGUCGUAAAAUUUGAGCUUGCUGAUUGGAAAGGGAGAUUUCCAUGCGCCUUGAGUGGAAAAUAUGUAGACAAAUUUCGCGAGAUGAUGUCUAAAUCAUCAAAUCUUCAUCCUACUGUUGUACUGCAGUUUGCAAAGAUAUCAAGCGAUAGAGGUUAUGUGUGUGUUGUGAAUUUAGAAGAAGUUACUACGGUCAUGUUCAAUCCUAUGACUCCCAUUGUGUCUGAAUUCAAUAGAUGUGUAGCAAAUGCUGGAGGUGUCUCUUCUUUGGUUAAUGGCAACAAAGUAAAUUCUAUCGUGGUCUCUGAUUUCACUCCAUUUGAUCGUCUUUAUCCACGGAAAUCUGUACGAGAACUUAUUGAGACUCCAGAGUCCGGUUUCUAUGUGUUGUGUGCCAAAGUUGUCGGCACUUCUGAAGUAAAAAGUUGGUGGUACCCCGUAUGCAGAUGUGGAAAAUUUCUUGAGAUUGGUGUUCGAGCUUAUUAUUGUCCCAAUUGCAAUAUGUAUGUCUUCCCAGUGUCAAACAGGUUUAGACUACAAAUGGCAAUUGACGAUGGCACAGCAACCGCUUUUAUCCAAAUGACAGAUCAUCCUUUACGAGGAAUCCAUGCUCUGAAUCUUAUUUCUUUGGGAACUAAGUUUGCAUUGAGGUUUUAUGGAAAACAAGCAUUUAAUGGAAAAGAUGUGUUGCUAAUUGUUAAAAAAAUGACAAGAACAGUAUAUGGGUUUGAGGACUUUGUUGAAAUUGUUAACAUGACUGAUGACGAGGGUUCGGUUCGUCGUUUCCAUGAUCUUGGCAGAGCUUUUACUCCUAUAAAGUCCAUAAGUGUACCAUCAGUUCCUCAGUAUCACAUUGAAGCUGUUGGGGAUGAAUUAAUUUCGGUCGUCAAGCCUUUUGUCAACAAUGGGAAGAGUGUUUUGAUUGAUACACGUCCUUUCUCUGGAUCUUCUACCUUUUGCAUUGGAUCUAGCUCUAACAGCAACUCAAACCAAGCUAGGAAGGAGUUGACGGGCAGUGGCAGGAACAAGUAAUGAAAUUAUAAAGAGGGUUCAUGUGUGUCCUGAAUCCUUAUUUGUUCAUCAUAACCCUCUGCAAGAGCACUUGGUGAUCUUAUUGGUAUUAAAAAGCAUUUUUGUUGGAUAAGUGUUUUAAGAAAUAUGUUGUUCAAGAAUACAAAUGUGACUGUGGAAUAGAGGAGGAAUAGAGAAAUAAAACUUAUGAUAUGAGGUUUGUACUUAGGAAUUUGUAAGAAUGUGACAUUAGUGGUAGACAGGUACUAACAUAGGCUUUGGUAGAAAGGUAAAAAAUGCACUCCUUUUCAAAUUUGAUUUUGAGAAAGCUUUGUGCUUUGAUACACUGAAACUUUCUUAAGCUCACUCUAACUCAACUUGAUUUCCCUCUCAAGACUAUUAAUCUUAUCAUGAUCUGUACUACCACUUCUAACUUGGUGUUAAACUUGAUAGAUGAAUAAAGAGAAAGUUGAUAGUUUUUCUCCCUAUAGAGGACUAAGACAACAGAUCUAUGUCCCCCUAUCUCUUUUAUGUGUGGAAAAACUUGAUCUUGUCAUCCAAGAGAAGGUCCAACGGAAAAAAUGGAAGCUGGUCAAGUCUCCAAACAUGGUCCAUCUAUUUCUCACAUUUUAUUUAUAGAUGGUUGCCUUUUGUUUACUCAAGCUAAGACCUCUCAGAUCAAACAAUUUUGUCUAGCUUAUGGAUUAGAAGUUAUAUUCGCGAGUCCUGGUUUUUUCCUUAUUCUAAUUCAAGUCAUGUAAAAGUAUCUACAUAAUAUGCUUCUUUUAUUGACUUUCAUCAUACUUAUAAUAUUGGCAAAUAUUUAGCAUU